AUGGAGGUAAGCAUUGUCGAAAAGAGGUUUGAAGCUAUGUUGAAGAAAUAUGGAGUACAUCAUCGAGUGGGGCUCUCAUAUCACCCACAAACUAGUGGCCAAGUGGAGAUUUCUAAUCGCGAGAUCAAAACUAUCUUAGAGAAGACGGUUGCGAGAUCCAGGAAGGAUUGGUCUAUAAAACUUGAUGAUGCACUUUGGGCGUACAGAACUGCAUUCAAAACACCCAUCGGCACAACUCCGUAUAGGCUCGUAUAUGGAAAAGCAUGUCAUCUCCCCGUUGAAUUAGAGCAUCGUGCAUUUUGGGUGAUUAAGAAUCUCAAUUUUGAUUUGCGAGCGGCAGGCGAGCAGAGAUUAUUACAGCUAAAUGAGUUAGAAGAGCUGCGCCUCGAAGCCUAUGAAAGCUCACGAUUGUACAAAGAACGCACGAAAAGGUGGCAUGACAAGCAUAUAAUGCGGCGAGAAUUUCAUGAAGGAGUUUUUUACUGUUCAAUUCUCGAUUGA